UUGUGUGUGACGAAUUGGGCGAUACGAUACAACGCGAGUGCAAUAGCUAGCGUUUGCGUGCAUCUCGUGUGCGUGUACGCCGGAUACGAGGUGCUGGUCAACCCUUGUUCCCAUUCUGCCUAG